AUGUCCAACUCAGUCCGGUCACCAGCAAACACAACAACUCCGUACCUCAGCGUCCCUCCCAGCUGGGACAAGCCAACCCGGCGCCCGGUCAUCUGGAUCAACGGCUGGCCCGCGGUCGGCAAGGCGUCGGUGGCAGGCUUCAUCAAGACGCUCCUAGGCAUCUCAGAGGUGAUUCUGGUCAACGAGGACGGCGAGGACGACCUAUCAGGCGGGUCCGCGGUCGAGCUCGAUCAGCACGCUAGGUGUGCCGACGACCCUGCCGCCGAGGAGGACCCCCUCGCUCGCGGUCGCCGCACUACCGCCAUCCGCCGCUACAUCCUCAGCGAGGAGAGCCUUUGUCGGACGACCGUCUUCACGGCGUGCCAGCCGCGCACGCGCAAGGGCCAGUGGAUCGCCGCCGAGUACGCCGCCGCCGCCAAGGCGGCCGACAGGUUGUUCAUUCCCAUCAACCUGACGUGCAGUGAGCAGGAGAAUAUCCGCCGGCUGGGCCGGCAGAGGGAGUGCUCCGUCAACCCAGAAAAGGUGCUCAAGGACCCGAAUCUUCUGGUGGCGGUGCGCGAGGUCGGCCUCUUUGAGUUCACGGAGGAGGUCGCCGCCGCGACCGCGCCGCCGCAGCGGCCACAGCUUUUGAGGAGCUUUCACACGACCGACUGGGUUCGUGGGGCAGACGCGGGAUCCUGCGAGGCGGAAUCCUCGACCGCUUCCGAGGCGGGAGGUUCCCCGCGCCCCUGUCAAGCUAACCCAUAUCACGACAAGGAGGACCCGGCCUCGAUGAUGCUCACGCUGGACGUGUCGCGCAUGACGUCCAUGCAGGCCGGCUUCUCUAUCAUUUCACACGUGCAGGACAUGGAGAAGCGCAGGAUGUGUCGUGUCCGUGCUGCCGAGCUCAAGGAGGCCGCCUUGCAGCUCAAGGCUCAGGCAAUGGCCCGGAACAAAAAGUCAUUAUGCGAUGCUGGCGAGCUGGACUCCUAUCGGUGGAUCAUAAGGCCUAGGAGCGCGCUUUCUUGA